AUGCCGCGCUCCUUCCUGGUGGACUCGCUGGUACUGCGCGAGGCGGCGGAGAAGAAGGCGCCCGAGGGCAGCCCGCCGCCGCUCUUCCCCUACGCGGUGCCUCCGCCUCACGCACUGCACGGCUUCUCGUCCGGCGCCUGCCACGCGCGCAAGGCCGGGCUGCUGUGUGUGUGCCCGCUCUGCGUCACCGCCUCGCAGCUGCACGGGCCCCCCGGGCCGCCCACGCUGCCUCUGCUCAAGGCGUCCUUCCCGCCUUUCGGCUCGCAGUACUGCCAUGCACCCCUGGGCCGCCAGCACUCAGCCGUGUCGCCCGGGGUGGCUCACGGCUCGGCCGCCGCCGCCGCCGCCGCCGCCGCGCUCUACCAGACCUCCUAUCCGCUGCCCGACCCCAGGCAGUUCCACUGCAUCUCCGUGGACAGCAGCUCAAACCAGCUGCCCAGCAGCAAGAGGAUGCGCACCGCCUUUACCAGCACGCAGCUGCUGGAGCUGGAGCGUGAGUUCGCCUCUAACAUGUAUCUGUCCCGCCUGCGCCGCAUUGAGAUCGCGACCUACCUGAAUCUGUCUGAGAAGCAGGUGAAGAUCUGGUUUCAGAAUCGCAGGGUGAAGCACAAGAAGGAGGGCAAAGGCAGCAACCACCGCGGCGGUGGCGGGAACGCGGGUGCCGGCGGGGGCGCACCGCAGGGCUGCAAGUGCGCGUCACUGUCCUCAGCCAAGUGCUCGGAGGACGAUGAAGAAUUGCCCAUGUCUCCGUCUUCUUCGGGGAAAGACGACCGGGAUCUUACGGUCACUCCCUAG